AUGAAAAUAAACCAGAAGCCAUACGUAACUGAUAGACUACUUGAGCAAAAUUAAAGAAAAUAAUUAAAAUUUCAAUCAUUAAGUAAUAGAGAUUCAUAGCUAAAAGAAAAAAUUCAAAUUUCUCACUUAAAAAACCGGACUACUCCGUAAUUCUCUUUGGUUUAAGAUAGGCCCUGAUCAUAUAUGUACUGAUUUAAAAAUCCGCUCUCUGAUCCCGCCUCGAUAAUUUAAAUAUACUGGUUCUACAGUUCAACUAUUUGCAACAGUGUUUCAAAGGAGUGAGCCAAAAUUUGAACCUCCGAAUCCUGCUUAUUCUCCACCUUCAUACCCGAUACCUCCUUCAUCAUCACCACCACCACCACCGACUCAACACCUCCGGCCGCCGUCGCCUUACUCCGACCACCUUCUUUUUCCGCCGGCAUUAAUCUCUGCGUUUGUCUCUCUCAAGUUGCAGGUUUAACAGGCAACAUAGGCAGCCAAGUUCAUGGGAGUGUUUCAAUUUACAGCAAUAAAGAAAGUCUCAGUGAUAAUGAAAACAUGUUAGGAGUGUGCCAUAUCUUAUUGUCGAACCACAAAAAAUGAAGAGGAGCAAAAAGGCUGGUGGGUACAAUUUGAGGAAAAGCUUGGCUUGGGACAGGGCAUUCUUCACUGAAGAAGGUGUGCUCAAUGAUUCAGAGUUAUCUUUGAUUAGUGGAACUAUAGAUGGUACAGAUAGUCUUUCUGUCAUAGAUGAACAUGGAAAAAAUUCAAUGCCUGCGAACAAUGGCACAGCGAAUUUGGAAACUCUUGAAGUAGAUCUUUUUAAAGAAUUGCCAUCUGGUUACCCUAACAAAAGAAAUGCUACUUGUGGUUCACCCAUGAAGCAGGAUUCCGUAAGUAGCGGUAGUCUAACUUCAGCUUCCAAUUCCACACAAAAGGUUGCCCCUCCCAGCCAUGGUCUUAAGAAGGCUGUAUGUAAAGGGGAAGUUUGCUCUUCUCCGAUGACGUCUGUUUCAUAUCCUUAUAGUGCUUUAUUAUAAGAGCCUGUAUUUGUAUUAUUUCAUACAUUACAAGUGCGAAAAUAGUGGUCCUUAACUAAUAUAUUACUCAGAAGAGACUUUCAAAUACAGGAACUAAACCAAUAUCAACAAGAAACUCAAAAAUUCCUAAAGUUUCAGUUUUAAAGAAAAAUUCUUCUGUGCCUUCUGUGACCACUAUUCAUAGUGCAGCAGGUGGAAGCAGCUUGAUCCCUCAACCAGCCCGGAAAAGUCUAAGCUCAAAAUUAUCAUCAAAAGUCCAGCAUACUUCUAAUGCUGCAAUAUCUAGUUUGGAGUCAGUAUCCAAAUAUAAUAAGCCUGCUGCUGAUUUGAAAAAUGAUGUGGUCAACUCAGCUUUGCAAAGGCAUUCAUUGAUGAGUCAAAGAGCUCCAAACACCACCAAAGUAAGCAAAUUUUCCGAAAACAGUUCAGUUCAGGGUCUCCUGAGUGCUGUGGCUGGUUUGGUCAAGUCCACUGAUGAAACAAGUAGCACUGCAGCCUUGUCCCAUGUUCAAUUUGAUAAUGCUGAUCUUAGAAAAAAUGUACAAGUUCAAGGAUUAAAACCAUCAGGAUUACGAAUGCCGUCACCAUCCCUUAGAUUCUUUAGUGAGACAAAGAUACCUGCUUCAAAUACCUUAUCACAGGUUAAUAGUAAGCUGCCUAACCUCCUUGAGUCUACUAUCUCAACUUCAAGGAAAUCUGAAGUUGCAGAUCAUAACCAUGACUUCAAGCGUACACAACUAUUACAUGGAGCCCCUGAUGUUGAUGCAAUGGGAAAAGCAGGGCUGUGCUCACAAAAGACAGAUAAAUGCUCCACUUCAUUAAUUGUUGCCCCUAAAGUGCAUUCUGGCGUGAUACAAAAAAAUUGCUAUCAGCAGGCAAUUGAAGUUCAAACUUUAGGAGGAGACAAGACUUCUGAAUCGACAAAGGAUGAGCAAUCUAGAUGUGAUUAUCAUGACACGUUUGAAAUGCAAUAUGAAGGCCAGGUGUCUAUUUCUUUGCAGGUUGAAGAAGAGGCUAGUAAGGAUUGCAAAUCAGUGUGCUCUGAUAUAGAAUUUGAGGAACCCAGCUAUAAUAAAGAUUUCAUUCUCUUACAAGAAAAUAGAUCUAUCAGAAGUGAGGCGGAUGAAUUCCAUGAGUCUUGCCCUGAAGCUCAACUUGUUAAGCCUUGUGAAGCAAUUGCAGAAAUUCAAUCACAGCAAUUAGAAGUGGAAGUCAAUUCAACAGCCGCGAACAAUGAUGCUACACUUGAAUCACAAACCAAUUCAAUUAGUCAUUAUGACAAUUUGAUGUUGGCCCCUGAUAGCAACCCAUCAAGCAGAAUUGUUGAUGAUAAUAGAACUCCUGAUAAUGAUUUAGAUCAAACCAACAGUGAACGAAGCAUGAAGGAGCAGGUUGCUGAAAGAAAUUUGCUUGUAAAUGACAAGUCUUCAAUAAAAGUGGUCGAGGAAGGCUCUGCUGUUCCAGUUUGCACAGAUAAUGUUAUGGCUGACAGCAAAAUUAGUGGGGUAACAGAUAUCUGCAAUGCAAAUUGCAGCGUAGCGGGUGACUCAAAGUUUGAAUGUGUAGAUGAUGAACAAGACGAAGUAAUAUAUGAUUGCAAGUUGCCAACCAUGAAGCUCAGUGAAAGUUCAGAAAUGCAAGACAAAGAAAUUGAUAACCAUGAUGUACAGCAGAGAACCUCUGCAAAUUAUGAUACCAAAGAAAUUUGUGCUGCGAAUUUGGAAGUUGUAGAGAUGGCCAGUCAUUGUGCUUCAACUUUAACGGAAUUGUUGAAUGAAGUUCCUGUUAAAAUUGAUUAUUUGGGCGACUCAGAUCAAGGUGAACGACAGUCCCAGUCUUCUAAAUGUGGAAUAUCUGGUGAUUAUGGUUCUGUCCUUGAUGCUUCAAUAGCUAGUAAUCAAGACACAAAAACUACUAAAGACUCAUUUGCUGAGGCAGACAAGCAGCAGGUCUUGAAUAAAAAAUUGCUUGCCAAGGAAAUGACUCUCCAGAAAAAUGAGGCAGACUUGAAUCAUAGUACAGUGUCAGAAGACAGUUCUUACAGAAUAGGUCAAUCUAACAACCACAUGGAGGAUGUGAAGGACCAAAUUGAUUUGCUUAGCAGUCUUUCCAACAACGGCAAUGAAUCUACUCCUAAAAUUACUCAUCUGGAAUUUCAAUCAUCAGGAUUGAGAUGCAAGUAUCAGUUGGUAGUAGCUGUAGCCAAUUCUGAUCCAGAAGAAUAUCAAUGUCCGGUAAAUAACGAUGAAAUAUCACCUCAAGAAGUUUUGAUGGGAAAAACUUUUGAUGAGUGUAUUGUAUCAGCUGAACAAGGGUGCAAUCUCUCACCAAGGGAAGCUAGGCUGAAUUUUUCCCAACAUGUUGAGAAUAUAACUGAUGAAAGAACAUGCAAUACCGAAGCUAUAGAUAACGAGGAUGCAGCUACAAAACAGACAGAAAACCAAAAGUCAAUGAGACCACCACCAAAUGUUGUUCCAUUCUCAGAUGAGUGGCUUGCUGUAAUUGAAUCUGCUGGAGAGGAAAUUUUAACGUUGAAGACCGGUCCUGUAAAACAUUCACCUCCCGACAAGUCAACACUUGAACCUAGUCCAUGGUCACCGGUGAAACGGGUGAUUGGUCCUUUUGACUGCACAAAAUACACAAAUGCUCAACCUGAUAACAUCAACUAGGAUUUGUUUAUGUGCUAACUGUUGUACAAGGUGCUAACACCUUACCACGUUUAGAAUACUUGAUUUUCUUCAACAUUCUAUUCGUUUACAGCUAUGACUAUGGAUUCAUAAUAUUUUUCUCAAAAA